AUGAUGGCGACGGAGAAAGCUCAUAGCUUUGGAAGCCAACUCCUUGGAAGCUGCUUCUUUGAAGAAUAGGUGACACUUUGAUCGCCGGCGGUUACUUCCCGUUGAUUCUGGUUCUUCGUUAUUCUCUGCUUAACUCAAAUAUUCUGUUUCAAUUUUUCAAAAAAAAUUCAAGCUUUCGACUUCUGUUAUCCAUGUCGUCCGAUAUAAGCUAGUUUUUCUGCACUCCCAGUGUUCUCUGCCAGCGGACGCUCUGUUCGGCAACCGAAGCUUUUGUUUUCGUUUAAACUUUUUCUGGGUUCAUGGCGAAAUGCAGCAACUUUAGCAGAGAUCAUCACUGUGCGGAAUCCUUGGUGAUCGAUCUCGCGAGUUUGAUUCUGUGAUUGGGCGGAGAGGGAUGGGAACAGGUGGACUGUUACUGGAAACAGUGGGACCGCCAAUAAAGCGGCGAGCAGGGCUGAGGAGGAAACAAGCAGGAAGAGGUUCUUAUAGAGGAAGCUAGGCGCGGCGACCGGGGUGCGAAGGUUAGGGGCGGUUUGUGGUAUUGAGUAUUGAGCGAUUUUUUGUUGUUUUUAGGGGUGGGGGCGUUUUGGAGAAAUUUGUUUUAGUUUUCUGAGAGGAGAGAUAAAUGGGUACUACUGACUUGCAUCAGAUACUGAGAAGCCUCUGUCUAAAUACGGCGUGGAAGUACGCUGUCUUUUGGAAGCUCAAGCAUCGCUCUCGCAUGGUGCUGACUUGGGAGGAUGCAUACUAUGACAAAUGUGAGCAACAGGAUACUUCAGAGAAUAAGUGCCUUAGUGAGGCACCUGAAACCUUGCAUGGUGGACAUUAUUCACAUGAUCCUCUUGGGUUAGCUGUGGCAAAGAUGUCAUAUCAUGUGUAUUCUCUUGGGGAAGGAAUUGUUGGACGGGUGGCAGUUUCUGGAAGGCAUCAGUGGAUCUUUUCUAAUAAGCACGUUAACACUUCCUGUUCAUCCUUUGAGUUCUGUGAUGGUUGGCAAAGCCAGUUUGCAGCUGGGAUCAGAACCAUUGUAGUUGUUGCUGUUGUUCCACAUGGAGUGGUGCAGCUUGGUUCUUUAAGUGAAGUGAUUGAGGAUGUGAACGUUGUGAGGUACAUCAGAGAUGUCUUUUUAGCCCUUCAAGAUUCUUCAGUGGGGCAUUUGACCUCUCCAAUUGAAUGUAAUAUGAAGAUUCCCAUGGCUCAGCCAGAUUUACAUAUAAAUGGUUUAGCUUCAGAUGUUUUUUCUCUUGAUAAAGCUGUAAACAAAGAGGGGCAAAAUGAUUUCUUUCCUGAGUUUUCAUACUUUCAGAAGCAUAGCCAUAGUUCAUAUGUUUUUCCUAUGUCUGAUUUUUGUCCACAAAGUGCGGUUGAAGUUAUUAAUAAGAAUGAAGGGGUUAAAUUAUCCACAGAAGAGAGUGGUGAGAACAUAAAAUUAUUGACAACAAGGUCAGACAUUGCCAAUUUGGAGAGUCAAGAUAAAGUAGGGAUGGCGUUGAUUGGCGACAGAUUGUGUGAAGGGGAGACUAGUGGCUGGAAAAAUGUGGUUGUGAAAUCAGAGGAAAAUGUCUCUGAUAAUUCUGUUAUGACCAGUGUAAAUUUUUUUAAUGUUGCACUUCAAGCUGAAGAAUUUGGAGUAGGUCUUUCAUGCUUUGAUUCAAAUCUCCAUGACUCUGCUCUAAGUGAUGGAGUUAAGUCAGACGACAUGGAAUUUUGUCAAACUGAGGGAUUGAAAAUUUCAGAAUCAUCAGACUUGAAAUUUCAGAAGGAUUUUGAGAAGUUGGAGAGUCAAAAUGGUUUUAACCACUUAGACUCAAUGAACACUUUAACAUUCACUGCUGGCUGUGAGCUUUAUGAAGCCCUAGCACCAGCUUUUCUGAAAAGGAGCAUCUCUGCUAAUUGGAAAGCAGAGAAUACUGAAGCUGGUGCAAAUAUUGAAAUGCCAGAGGGGAUGAGCUGCAGCCAACUUACAUUUGAAUCUGGCUCAGAGAAUCUUCUAGAAGCAGUAGUAGCUAAUGUUUGCCAUAUUAAUAAUAAUAUGGAAAGUGAGAAAUCUUUCUGCAGAUCAGUGCCAUCAACGUUGACAGAUGAAGAUAAUCAAGAGCCUUCAAGCCAAACCAAGUGCACUAUUAAUUCAGCUGUUUAUUCAAGUGAUCACCCCUCUCUUAUGGAAAAGAACACACGACACCACAUGAAUUCUGUGGAGUUUUGUGGUGCAAUGUCUUCAAAAGGUUUUUCCUCAACUUGUCCAAGUACUUGUAGUGAACAGUUGGAGAGGUCUUCAGAGCCAGUAAAGAACAACAAGAAGAGGACAAGACCUGGAGAAAAUGGUAGGACUAGGCCAAGGGACAGGCAACUUGUUCAAGAUCGUAUUAAGGAGCUGAGGGAGCUUGUGCCUAGUGGUGGAAAGUGCAGUAUAGAUUCAUUGCUGGAGCGCACCAUCAAACACAUGCUCUUUCUGCAAAGCAUCACUAAGCAUGCUGACAAGCUCAGCAAAUGUGCCGAAUCAAAGAAUCAUUACAACAAAACAGGCACACAAGGAUUAUCCAAAUAUGAACAAGGUUCAAGCUGGGCAGUAGAGGUGGGAAGCCAUCUAAAAGUUUGUUCAAUAAUAGUGGAGAAUUUGAACAAGAAUGGGCAUAUGCUUGUAGAGAUGUUGUGUGAGGAGUGUAGUCAUUUUCUUGAGAUAGUAGAGGUGAUUAGAAGCCUGGGUCUAACAAUCUUAAAAGGGUUUACAGAAGCACAUGGUGACAAGACUUGGAUAUGUUUCGUGGUUGAGGGGCAAAACAACAGAGUGAUGCAUAGGAUGGAUAUCUUAUGGCCUCUUGUGCAAAUAUUGCAAUCCAAGGCCACAGGCUAGUCAAAGUGAGUUGACACAUCUUGGAGACUACCAUAUUGGCUCCUGUAUAAUAUGUUGCAAGUGAUUAGUGAUUUUUCUUUGGAACUAUGGUUUCUGCAUCAAUAAUCCCCAGUUCCCAUGGAAAAAGUAAUUAAGAAUGGGGAUAGAAAGUGAUAAGUGAAACUAAAUACAUGCUGUGUCAAGGGUGUUUUGUUCUUUCUUGAUAGUGUGCUUGAAGAUGUAGUCUAUUAUUUUCUCUUCUUUUCCAAAGUUUCACUGGACAUGGUUCAUCUGUUCUAAAGUUUGACAAUUGAAAUUUCAUGGUUGUGCCUUUUUGCCCUUGCUUUUUCUGUGUUUCUCUGUUAGUUGCACAUCUCCAGGGGGAAGUCUA